GCAGACGGCCUGAGCAGGGUGAGCCUUACGCCGGAGGGACUAGAAGAAGCAGAGCCGAUCGAUUCAUUCCUCGAUCACGUGGGAGAGACUCUGGUGGUGGAUAAUGAGAUGGCUGGGACCGCCUGCAUGUCCGGAGAAUUGUUGAUCAAAGCGUUAGAGAAGGGGGGAACAGGGAAAGCAACAGUACGCGGUUAGCCAAAUGUGCGACGCUCAGCCGGACUUCCGGCAGGAGCAGGAGUUCUUUUUCAUCAAGUCGUACGAUGGUAUUUUUAGGGAGAGUGGGGUGCUGUUGGUAGGAAACAAGGAUGGUCACGAAGUCAGUCCUAAAGCUAGGGAAGAGGCAGACAAGUAUGUGCUAAGGAGAGGGCACUUGUUCCGGAAAGAGGAGGGCUUGACACCCAGGAGAGUAGUAUGCGGGAGGACGAGACAGGUAGACAUAAUACAGGCGAUGCAUGAUGAGUUGGCCGGUGGGCAUCGGUCCUCAAAGGGUACCCUGGCCAAAAUAACACCACUCUACUACUGGUCGGGAAUGGGCUCCAUGGUUGCCAUAUAUUGUCAGACCUGCCGAAUCUGCCAGGAGCGGAGUACGACACGGGUGUUUGGGCCACUCAGGCCCACGCGAGUGCUGGGGCCAGGGCAUAUGGUGCACCUCGAUCUGGCAGUUAUGCCAGUAUCGACAAAGGGGUACAGGUACAUACUCGAUGCUAGGGACAACCUUAGCGGGUUUGUAGAGGCCGUGGCAUUAAAGAAGAAAACAGGGUUGGCAGUGGUCGAUUGGGUUGAAGAUUUCUACCUGAGGCACCCGUUCAUCAGGAGGUUUAUAGCUGACAAUGGGACUGAGUUCGUAAAUCAAGACGUCCUGAACACCUGCAAGAGGCUAGGGAUGCCCCUCAAGCUGAUUGAACCAUACCACCCGGAGGCUAACACUCCGGUAGAAAGAGGGCACCAGACGCUCAAGAACACGAUUGCGAAGCUGGCAGCAGACGACCUCGGGAAUUGGCCCAAGUACCUCAGGCAAGUUGUGUUCGCUGAGAACGUGACUCCUAAGAGGACCACGGGAUGUGUCCCGACAGAAUUAUGGUAUGGAAGGGAAAUCGACUUCCCGAUAGAAACCUUAGUACCCACAUGGAACAAACUGGAGGAGGACCCUCUCCUGACUACGAAACAAUUGAUCGAGGCUAGAUGCGAGCAGGCGGUUAAAAAUGAGGAAGCCUUGGAAGAAAUUGUGAACAGGGUCUUCGAUAGUCGGAUGAAGGAUAAGACCAGGUGGAACCAACUGAAGAAUAUCAGGAAGGAACCAUUGCAAGUGGGGGAAAUGGUUUUGGUCAGGAAUUCGGCACUAGAAAGCACAUGGUCAGGACAGCUAGGGCGAAGAUUCAAGGGGCCCUAUCGUGUUACUAAGAGGAUGGGAAUGAACACCUUUGAGGUUGAGGACUUGGAUGGGACCAGCAUAAAAAGGUCGUUCUCUGCGCAGCGGCUGGUCAAAUUCCUCAGCAGGGAUCCGGUGGAGCAAUGGCUACAAGAAGCUCAGGACAAGGAAGCAAAAUAAUAGGUUGCUCAGUACGGCGACAAGGAUUCUACUUAUCACAUGCGUUUCUCUUUGCC